UCCGGCACCAAAAGGCAGCCCCGCUGUCCAACCUUCUAAGGUGUCAUGGCGGUGCAGAUGGCGGUAAAUUCGGGAGCCAGUCUGUGGGGGCCAUUAAAGGAGCUAUGGGAGACAGUCGAGGGGGCUGUGUUGAGGCGGCAGCCAGAGAGCUUCCAUUUGCUUGACCUACAGUUAAAGAAGCACAAGCCUCAAUUCUUGUCCCUAUUUAAGAACCCGCCAAAGAGUGCAGAGCAGCGGGAGAAGGUGCGGAAAGCCAGCACCGAUGGCAUUGCCAUUCAGGGUCAGCAGGGGUCCCGACUUCUUCCAGAGCAGCUUCUUUCAGAGGCCUUCAUCAUCAGUGAUUUGUUUGACAUUGGCGAAUUAGCAGCUUUGGAGCUUUUGUUGGCAGGUGAGCAGCAGCAAUCCCACUUUCCAGGUUUGACACGUGGUUUGGUGGCAGUGCUGCUCUAUUGGGAUGGAAAGCUUUGUGUGGCCAACUCUCUGCGCACACUUAUCCAAUCACGUCAUGGCAAGACUUUCACACUGGACCUAAGUGGGGAGCUGGUGUCCCUGACCACACAUUUCACAGAUGAACUGAUGUGCCAGGGUUUGACCAAACGCAUACUGACCUUGGUAAACGAGAUCAAUCUGACACGCGAGUUUGAGCGGCUACAGAAGGAGCGAGGCCUGGGCAAUGAAAAGCACAGGAAGGAGGUUGCAGACCUCAUCAAAGAAUGCAGGCGGGCCCUAGCAGACAGCCUGUUUGCCUGGACUUGCCAGUCACCUUUAACUAAAGAUGAUACACUAGCUCUCAUUGGUCACCUUGAGACAGUAUCAGCACAAGCUGAUGGUUCACUGGACAGUGUGAACCUGGCACUGGUCAUGGCACUGAUGUACUGUUUGGAUGUCAGCUUCAUUGAACAAGGCACUGAAGAUAGAGAAGAUCUGCUCCAGGCACUGCCGCUGCUCACAGAGAGACAGUAUGUGUUAGCAGUGCAUAGUCGUUUGACAGACAGCCAGCCUUGGAAGCUUCCUGGCCUUCAGGCUGUGUGUCGCCUGACUUGGGCUCUAUCUCUUAGGGUUCUGUCGCAGCUACCACAGGGUGCAGCCCUGGUGGAGUUCACCGAGGCUGAUGAAGUGCUGGCUGACCAAGCCGUUCUAGGAGACGUCUUCCUUUUUAUGAAAGAGGGCAUGCUUGAUUGUGAAAGUUGCCUCCAGGAGGAGUUUUAUAUCCGUCGCCUGCAUUCACUCAUCACAGAUUUUCUAGCAUUAAUGCCAAUGAAGGUGAAGCAUUUACGUAACCGUGCUGAUGAAGAUGCCCGCUUGUUGCAUAUGUCUUUACAAAUGGACAAUGAGCCUCCAUCAUCAUUGCGCAAGGACUUGGACCACCUAAUGAUGCUUAUAGGAGAGUUCUACAAUAAGGAUCCUUUUGGACUGGAGUUGGGUCUGGAUUUUUGGUGUCCAACAGAUCCCCUCCAACACAACUCACUGCAAGGAUCUUACCUGGGAAUGGCGCUGCAGAGGCCCCCACAUAAACAAGUGGUUCUGUCAAAGUUUGUGCGUCAAAUGGGAGAUCUUCUGCCCUCCACCCUCUAUAUCUCAUACCUCCGAAUGCUGAAAGGUCUUGCCAACGGUCCUCAGUGUGCUCACUACUGCUUCAGCCUACUAAAAACCAAUGGAGCUUCACAUGGUGAUAACAUUCAGGGAGUAGCAGGCAGUCCAGUGUCAUGGGAACAUUUUUUCCACUCAUUAAUGCUGUACCAUGAGAAUUUACGACGAGACCUACCCAAUCCUGAUACAGUCCAUUAUCGACAGCCGCCUAUACGGGGAAUAACUCAAAGAGAACUGGAAGGACUCACCUCAUUUUUGCAGUUACUCACUACAAUUAUUACAUGGAGUGAAAAUGCUCGCCUGGCAUUGUGUGAGCACCCACAGUGGACCCCUGUGGUGGUGAUGCUGGGCUUGCUUCAGUGCAGUGUUCCUCCUGUCUUGAAAGCUGAGUUACUUCUCUGUUUAGCGGCCUUCGGCAAAUCGCCCGAAAUUGCUGCUUCGCUCUGGCAGUCGCUAGAGUACACACAGAUUCUUCAGACGGUGCGUGCCCCAGGACAAAGACAGGCAGCAGGAAUUGAGAUGGAGCUAAAUGAGAUCGAGUCAAGCUGUGAGGAGUACCCUCUGACUCGAGGCUUCUGUCAUCUGAUAAGUACUUUGGCGGAGAGCAGCGUUCCCCUUAAUUUAGGCGCGGGGCUGCGUGUGCCAGGCUUCCAGCCGUACCUGAAUUUCUUGCGAGACACCGUCUUCUUGGCUUUCCCCACCAGAGCAUAUCGGCAUCCAGCUGAGAAGUGGGAAGUAGCUGACACCACGCUUGAAGUCUUUCACAAACUGCUGCGGGAUUACGAGCCGCAGCCAUCAGACUUCGUCCAGGAGAUGGUGGAGUUGCAGGGCGAGCUGGUCCCAGCCCACAAGCCGCCGGGCCACAGCAUCAUGUUCCACCUGCUUAACGACUCUCCUAUGUUGGCGCUCUGCCUCAGCGUGCUGGAGGAGGGUGUACGCCAGCUGGAUACCUACGCUCCUUUUCCUGGCAAGAAGCACCUGGAGUCUGCAGUACUGCAUUGCCUCUGCCUGCUUGACCUGACCCUGCAAAAAGAGGUGGUGUUCAUGGACCUCCUCAGGGAGAGCCAGCCCUCUCUUUUAGUUUCCCCGUUGGAGCAGCUCCUGCAGGGGGUCAGUCCGCAAACCCGCAAAGCAGAUCACAUUGUCAAUGUAGCCAGGUAUCUCUACCACAAUGACUCCAACCCUGAGGCUGCUUUCCAGAGUGCCAAGAUCUUGCGUCACAUUGCAAAUUACCCUAACAUUCAAGACAGGCUUGUUGGAGAUUUCACACAUGACCAGGUUGUGAGCGAAAAGCUGAUGGCAGGCUUUGUGGAGUGUCUGGAUAAUGACGAAGCAGAAGAAGGAACAGUGACUGAAAAUGAUACAGAUUCCCAAAAGAAUGUUGCACGAAUACGACAUGAAACCCAAGUUCAUAUCCUCAACCUGCUCAUUACCUCUUUGGAGUUGAAGACACCCAAUCUGGCAUUGUAUCUACUGGGCUUUGAUGUCAAAAAGCACGUGUCCGCUACCAACCUGCAGGAUCCAGGUGUGUUAGGGUGCCCGCGGAGUUGCCUGCAUGCCAUCCUAAGUCUCUUGCAGCGAGGCACUGAGAAAAGAUCAGGACCCGCUCUCACUCGACAUGCUCCACACCUGGCUGAGCUGUGCUACCAGGUGAUCUACCAACUGUGUACCUGCUCUGAAACAUCUGGACCCACCAUGCGGUAUUUGAGGACAAGCCAGGACUUUCUGUUCUCACAUCUGCAACAUUUACCUUUUGUUCCACCUGGCGACCAAAUUGCUGCCCUGUCACAGAUGUCUUGGCUCAUGAAAAUAGCUGCAAUCGAACUCAGGGUGACGUCAUUGAACCGCCAGCGCUCACACACACAGCGACUUGUCAACUUGCUGCUUGAUGACCAGCCACUCUCGCAGCAUGCAGCUGAAGGUGAAUCUGGCAUGGAGGAGGAGACGAGAUCUGUCAGUGGUUUUUUACAUUUUGACUCUGUUUCCAAAGUACGCAGAAAGUUGCUUAGUGUGUUGGACGCCAUCGACUUCAGCCAAGACAUGCCCGAGCUGCUGCAGUUGGACUUCUUUGAGCGCACUCAGAUAGAACAAGUCAUCUCCAACUGUGAACAUGUCAACGACCAAGGACACACAGUGUGCAAUGUGAAGUUGCUUCAUAGAGUGCUUGUUGCUGAGGUGAAUGCUCUGCAAGGGAUGGCAGCCAUCGGACAAAGACCCCUGCUGAUGGAGGAGGUGAACUCGAUCCUGCAGCAGGUGGUGGAACGCAACCGCGUCCGACGGAGUCUGAGCGCCAAGAGACACGCUCUGCAGUCGUGGAGGAGCCUGGUGGAGACGCUGCUGACCGCCUGCCCUGCUGACCUCAUAGCAGUAGAAGAUAGACAGCUCAUCAUUCGAGACUUGCUUUUGGACCUCCAUGACAAGGUUUUAUCAGAGGAUGCAGCAGGAGAACUGAUGCCUAUUGUGGCUGGGGCUGUCUUUACGCUGACUGCUCACCUCAGCCAAUCAGUCCUGUCUGAACACCAGGAAGGGGCGGCGUUAGAAUCCUCAUCCGGUUUUGCCUCCAUCGCAAACUCUGCCCUUCAUCUUAUUCUUCGCAAGUUGCUGGACUUUAUUCUUUGCACUGGUGGAGGAUACCAACGUCUACGUGCACACCUGUAUGGCUCCUUGCUGUACUACCUUCAAAUUGCCCAGAAACCUGAGGAACCAGACACUUUACAGACAGCUAGGAGUGCCAUGUGGGCGCGGAUCACAGCCCCCGAAGACGGCUUCUCCAAACUGCAGAGAGAAAACCUCACUAUCAUUGAGAGCUAUGGCAGAGCUUUAAUGGAAGUGGUUUGCAAGGAUGCGUGUGAUGGCCAUGAAAUUAGCAGGAUGCUUGCUCUUGCAGUGCUGGACCGAAUCCUGUCCAUCGACCGGCAGAACCAGUGGCUGUUGUUCGUGUGCAACAGUGGCUACCUGCGCUCACUGGUGGAGAGCCUCAGGCGCGAUGAUGCUGCCCUGCAGAGCCUACUCGCACCUCAGCCACCCCUCCUCAAGCCACUCUACAUCUACGAGAGCAAGAUGGCUCUGCUUACCCGUGUGGCCAAGACGAACCAGGGAGCUGUAGAGUUGCUCCGCUGCGGCCUAGUAGCGCAGCUGAUCGAGUGCCAAGUAUUUGACAUGAUACCAGACAACGAAUCUCACAGAGUGACGAGAGACCUGUCGGGGUUCAUCCCCAGCCCAAUGGACCGUUACAGACAGAUUCUUUUACCCACCCUGAGGCUCUUCCUGGUCAUACUCACAUCGACCACUAUGAAUCACCAGCAGGGGGCGGCACAGAUCCUACAGUGGCUGAUAGUUCACGCAGACACUAUCCAAUCACUGCUUCGCUGUCCAGAGCUCAGCGUAGGAGCCUUGCAGGAGCUCUCUUUGCUUACUGGUAUCAUCAGUAAGACAGCUUUACCAGGGGCUCUUGAGAUGGGCAGUGAGGUCAAUGGUGCUUCUCUGAUGGAGUUUCAAGGUCACAUCAACAGAUUCCAGCGAUUAUGCCUUUUGCUGCUCGGCCGCCUGGCAGGCAGUGAGCGCGAAAGGUUACUGAAGCAAGCGGAGAUGAGUACAGCUACAGUCUCAGCUGAACGAAAAGAGGAGAUGGAGGUGGCCAUGCAACAAGUUUGCGCUAACAUCAUGGAGUACUGCCAAAUCCUACUCUUGCAGAGCUCGGCUCAAGCUCAGUUCACAAUCUGCCUCUUCAGCCCGUUUGGCGGCGAGCCGGCUGGCAGGGAGGGAGGACGCACAGAUCUGACCUCCAGCCUGCCCAAUAUGGCUUACUCGCGAGCCCCCAGUCUGGGCCUUGUGCUCUUCCUGCUGAAGAACAGUGCCUCAGACUUCUUCCGCUUCCACCAGAGUCAUAGGCAGAGUCUGGGCAAGCUGCAGAGUCUGGAUCAGCUGCCCCCCGAGGAGCUCAAGGAGUUGUGCCAAGGUCUGGUAUCCGGUCCAGGAGGGGUGGAGAAAAUCUCCUCGGUGCAAAGAAGUCUUCUUGCCAAAAGAAGAUUGGUGCAGCUCAUCAAUAACAGAGCCAAGCUGUUGGCCCUCUGCUCCUACAUCAUUGAGACAUGUCUUUUUGUGUUGUGGCGCCACCUGGAAUAUUACCUGCUGCAUUGCACCCCUACCGACCCAAAGGAUUACCCCCUGCCAGGAACCACGUUGUAUCAGUCUCGCCUUGGGGAAGAUUCCUUUGGCAGCCUUCAGACCAGCAGUGGACGCGGAGCCGUCUCGCGCGUCAGCAAGCAAGAUUUAGAGCUGUUGAAGAGUGACAUGGCUGCAGGUUUUGGGGAAGUUCUUCAGAGAAAGCUUCUGGAGGUGGAAAGCUUAUACAGCCAAGUGCGCUCACGCUACGCCUUCAUCCAGGCGCUCGUUCGCAGAAUUCGAGGUCUCCUCAGGCUGCCAAAAAGCUGAGGAGACCGAAUGGACACUUGGAUGGCAAAAUCCCACCAAACGCGACAUAACCAAUAGCAGAAACAUUCUCGAGUUUUCUGCUAAUGAAGCUCUUUGAAAUGUCACAUAGCUGCCUAAAACUGCCAAUAAUGACUAACACUGCAAGGAUUUUUUUUCAAUGGAGAAGUUGCAAAGGUUCAUUAAAUAGUUUUUCUUUUUGUGUAUAAAUAAAUGUUUUCUACUCGUU